UCAGGUGGAGUCAUGCGUCCUGGUGCGUCUUAGUGAUCGGAGGUGUCAGAGGACAAAACCCGGUGCGUUGUUUCUUCUUCUUCUCCUUCUUCUGCUGCUGCUGGUGCUGAAGGUACCUCACUGCUCGACUCCGACCGAUUUAUUCAAAGGAUGGCAAACUCUAAUGAACCCUCCAGCGAAAUUGCACACGUCUACAGAGGAACAUAUAUCCACUCGACCCCUCAAACACCGCUGCAAAUCCUGGAGGAUGAGCUCCUGGGAGUGGAUACAGACGGAAAGAUUGCUUUCAUUGGGAAAGGCUCAGAGCUGGACGGACUGUCUCAGACCUUCAGAUUCAGUCCCUCUGAUGUCACUCAACUGGCACAACAUGAGUUCUUCAUGCCAGGACUGGUCGACACCCACAUCCAUGCAUCCCAGUACAGCUAUGCUGGCACAGCCCUUGACAUGCCCUUACUGCAGUGGCUUAACACCUACACCUUUCCUGUGGAAUCACACUUCAAGGACUUGGAGUUUGCCCACCGCGUGUACUCCCAAGUAGUGAAAAGGACGCUGAGAAACGGAACAACGACUGCGUGUUACUUUGCUACCAUACAUACAGAUGCCUCUCUUCUGUUGGGUCAGAUUGCAAAUGACUUUGGACAGCGAGCCUUGGUGGGCAAGGUGUGCAUGGACAGGAACAAUGCUGUGAAACAUUACAAAGAAACCAGUCAGGAGUCUCAAGAGGAAACCUGUCGGUUCAUUGCAGAGCUCUUGAACAAAAAGUAUCCUCUGGUGAGGCCAGUGGUGACGCCCCGCUUCGCUCCCUCCUGCACAGGAGCUUUGCUAGGACAGCUGGGGGCAAUCGCUAAGAAUAACAACCUGCACAUUCAGAGUCACAUCAGUGAAAACAUUGAAGAAAUUAAGCUUGUAAAGGAGCUGUUUCCUGAAUCAGAGUCUUACACAGACGUCUAUCACAAGUACAACCUGCUUACUGACAAGACAGUGAUGGCUCACGGCUGCCACCUCAGCGACGAAGAGCUGACUCUGUUCAGAGAGACAGGAGCCUCUUUGUCUCACUGUCCCAAUUCCAACAUUUCGCUGUGCAGUGGAAUGUUGGAUGUCCGAAACGUCCUGAAACACAAAGUGAAGUUGGGGCUGGGAACAGACGUGGCGGGGGGCUACUCGGCCUCUAUGCUGGACGCCAUUAGGAAAACUCUGGACACAUCCAAAGUCUUGACCAUCCAAGACCCAGAACACCACACACUCACCUUUGAGGAGGUGUUCAGACUGGCCACACUGGGAGGCAGCCAAGCUUUGUCCCUGGAUGACCAGACUGGAAACUUUGAAGUGGGCAAAGAUUUUGAUGCCCUGAGAGUGAAUUUAGCUGCUCCUGGUGGACCCAUUGACCUCAUCCAGUGUGAGGAACCAAAGAUCAUGUUGGAAAAGUUCUUGAAUUUGGGUGAUGAUCGUAACAUAGCAGAAGUCUAUGUGGCCGGGAGGAAGGCGGUGCCGUUCACAGAGCCGACAACAAAGUAAACAUCUCAUGUCAUUGUCUCAAGGCCCAAAGUCAGCUCGAAGUGGAUUUUAACAACCAAAAAUAUAAUAAAGGGGUACACUUUGUGCAGUACACAAAGGAUCAGCAGGAAACUGCCUACUGAUGUAUGAACUGCACAGCUGCACGAUUAUCCUUGUGAUGGCAAGACAAACAAGUAGGAAAUCAAUUAUCAUCACAAGCAUUUACUGUUUAAUCCAAAGGACAGAAUAGGCGAUGUGCUGAUUAUGAUGUUCAGUGAAGGCUGUGGUCGGCUGAGGUCAAAUUCAGUCUUUAAUGAUAAUGACUGGGCUUUAAAACAGGAAAUAAGGGACUCAUUAACAUUAUGCUUGUUGUUUGUCAUUUCUGCAUACUAAAAUGCAUUGAUGCACUAGCCCUUUGCAUAUUAAAAGUUGUUUUUUUAUUUUUGUGUGCACGUAAUUGUAGACUUUUUGUUAUAUUUACCUAAAGUGCUUGCUUAAACUAACUAACUUCGACAUAUUUUCCAUCACAAUCACACCGUGUUGCCUUUGGAAUUUAAACUGGACAACUAUCCAUAAAGUUAAGUGACAUAUUAACAUUGGACUUUGCACAGAUGACAUAACGUUGCUCAGUAUUGCUGCAGUGACAGACCUGAUUAUAUCAUCAAUGGCUUGGUGAUCUCAUUUUCAUGCUUGUGUAGCUAGAAAAUGCUUCAUGAUCAGAAGACUCAAGUCAUAAUCACAGCUCAUUCAGUUUUUACACUGUACACUCCACUCAGGUGUUUAAAAUUAAUUAUUGUACAGUUUUCUCAGUGUGACUCAUUAAGUUUAUAUACAAUCUACAUCAGAUUGCAGUUAUAGGACUAUUCUCUGUGUAUUGUUUCUUAGCAUUGCUAACAUUUUACCUCAAAAUCCACAUCCUGAGUGGACUCGGUGGAAAGUGAAAUAACACUUAAACUGGUGCUUUAUCAUGAUCAGAAAUAAUCAGUUUUAUUUUUUAUACAGUUUUGUCAUACCUUACCUUAGAUUUAUCAUCAAUUAAAAAAAAUAGUACUGAAAUUGUUGAUUUUAAGCACAACCUUAAUUAAAUUGACAUGUAUAUAUUUAUAUUAGCAUUAUAAAGUGUCUUAUAGAUGUUGAGAAAUGAAGGGAAAUGAAAAUGGACUGACUGUUGAAUAUGUGUUUGUCUUGAGAAUGUAUUUAAGACAAUCUUUUAUAAAAUGUGUAACUGAAAUAAAGGCAUUUAUGUCAAUAAUAACACAUCACUCUUUGACACCAAAUUGUAUAUGUUAAAGGUACUUUUAGUACUCUUUGAUAUGUCACAUCAUGGACGACUGAAAUAAACAAC